CUUAUUUUCGCGUACAACUGCGCCCCCUACAAUGAGGCAAAUGCACUGCGCUCUUGGCUUUGCGCACGCGAGCGGCGCCAGCCGCGCCGGGCGGCGCCCCGAACGACCCGGCGGGGCUCCACCUCUGCCGCCAUUUCGUGGCCGGCCGCGGCCAACUCCGCCCCGCGCCGCGCCAAGCUGCGCCGGCCCGGCCCGCGCUGCGCCGCCAGCCCGCCUAAUAAGUCACCCGCGCGGUUCACUUGCCCGCCGCGAAGAUACGCGCGAUUUAUCGCCUAUAAAGCUUUCAGCGACAGUCGGUCGCGGGACGAUCGCGCCGACCCGACCCGCCCUGCCAUGCCCCGCCGCUGUCCUCCGCGGCAUACUAAUAAAUUCUCGGCCCCUCUAAGGCCGCUGGUUCAAGAGCCGUUUAAGCCACUCCGAUUGUCGACGCUGAUUUUAGUGGCAGUUACUUGUCACCGUAAACGCACGGGUUAUGGUCGAGAGCUCCGGGAGAUUGACACCCGGUACGAAGGAGACGGCACGCGCCUCCCUGGGAAGCGGAAGGGGGGCGGGGAAGGGGGUGUACCGCGGCGGCAGCGGCGGCAGCUCAGUAAAGAGAAGCAGCAGUUUUACGCGCUGUUUUAUACAAGUGUUAACGAGCUUAUCGGGGUUGGGCGCGGGCGGCAGCAUCUCGGCCGCGGCGGCGCGGGGCCGGGCCGGGCCGGGGCGGCCGGCGCCGAGCAGCGCCGCGGCGCGCGCCAGUCGCUGGGCGAUGUGCCGCCGACGCCCGCCGCCUCGCCCGCCGACGGCCCGGCCCCGGCCCGGCCCUGCGCCGCCACUCAGCCCGCCGGCCCGCGGGGCGACAGCCGACAGCUCCACUGCCCAGCGCUCGGGUUCGCCGGGAAAUCAGAAUGCAAGCUAAUGAAUGCCAUUAAGUUGUCGCAAGGAGUACCACAAAGGAGACAGAAUGAUAAGCAGAGACGAAAUAUGGGUGUAUUGGAGAAUGAUAUUAGCUGAGACUGCUGAAAAUCCUUGGAGGAAUUAUUUGCGAAUGAACAAAAUAAAUCAAGCAAGAAAUGAAUUUCGUCGAUAGCAAGAAAUUGGAGGAAUUUGCUGAGUGGUUCACUGGAUAAAUAGAAGCUUCAUAUUUGCCAAAAAAGUAUGUUGUACAUUCAACUACAUUCAAAUACCUUGUUUUUGUUGUCUUUUACGAGCUAAUUUUACAUUUCAUAUCUGGAUAUCAAAAUCUUAACAUGUAAAUAAAUAUCAUUAUAUUUUACCAAAAUUAAAAGUGGAAUAGAUUUUAAAAGCUAGAGCAAAUAUUUGUGUCCUGUAACCACAGAGAUGGAACUUUUAAUGAUCGAUCUCUGAAGAUCUCUUGUAACAAGACUUGAAACUUUUUUCUCUGAAAAGAGUUGCAGGAAUGAAGCGACAACUGACAAUAACAAGAGUAGAAAAUGGAUAAAAAAAUAAGUUUCGUCUUUACGUAAAGAAAUCGUAGAUAUUUUAAACUUUAAUAAAAGAAUUAACGUAUAAGAAAAUAUUCAGGUGUAAAAAAAUAAGGAUUUUUUCUUCACAAUUAUCUCUUCAGAGAAGAUAGUUAUCCAACGGAGCACGCAUGUCUUUCAGACAUGAGAAGGAGACAUUUUGAAUAUGGUCAGUACAUGAUUAUUGCAGUUUACAAGUCAGCACGUGAGCCUUUAUAUUGCGUAUUCAAAAAAACGGCGGAAACAAAAGUCUUGUGAUAAAGAGGUAUAAUUUGUUCAGUGCGCGGUUGCGUGUGAGUUUCUAUUCUGUUAGUGCGCGUAGGGUUGUUUUUUCUUCUUUAUUACUCGAGUGCUUGAUGUGCGUGAGUUGCAACUGCAUUGCAUCAGCAAGGCACUGGAUCUGCGUCACGACAGACUUCAAGACUUCCAUCACACAAGAUAUUUCUACUCCCACAAUCGCCACCGCCUCCGCCACCGCCACUGUCGCCGCCCUUUGAACCUGCAUUGGAUCCGAUUCUUCAAUUAUCUGGAGCCAAUGGCUUGCGCAGGAGAGGCCGCCAGACGUACACCCGCUACCAGACGCUGGAGCUGGAGAAGGAGUUCCACACGAACCACUACCUGACGCGGCGGCGGCGCAUCGAGAUGGCGCACGCGCUCUGCCUGACCGAGCGCCAGAUCAAGAUCUGGUUCCAGAACCGCCGCAUGAAGCUGAAGAAGGAGAUUCAAGCGAUCAAAGAGCUCAACGAGCAGGAGAAGCAGGCGCAGGCGCAGAAGGCGGCGGCGGCAGCGGCGGCG